UUGCCCAGAACAUGGCAAUGCCACAUUUCGCUGGAGCUGGACCAGGACACAGCAACAUGACAAAACACAGCAAUGUAAUCCUGAGUUGGAACUGACCUGGGCAGGGUGACCGGGUCGCAGCCACAUGACCCAUAACAUAACAGCACAAUCCCACGCGGGAACUGGGCCAGACCAGACCACGGCGACCCGGUCACAGCCACGUGACAUGGCAACACAAUCCUAUGCCAGAACUGGAUUGAAACGGUGACUCAGUCACAACCACAUGAACCUUAACAUGGCAAAGCAAUCCGGAUCGAGACCUGGAUUGGAACAUAGCCACGCAACCCUGUGUUAGAACUGAACCGGAACACCCCAACUUGGUCACAGCAACAUGAUCAACAACAUGGCAACACAAACCUUUGUUGGAACUGGACCAGAACGCAGUUACAUGGUCACAGCCAUGCAACCCAUAACAUGGCAACGCAGUGACAGCCACUCAGACGUGGCCUGUAACAUACUAACGCAAUACAGCCCUGAGCCAGAACCGGACCAGAACACAGCAACAGUCACGGCCAGGCAGCCUGUAACGUGGCAAAGCAACCCUAAGCCAGAACCAGAACACCGUGACAUGGUCAUAGCCACAUGGCCCAUAAUGUGGCAACACAACCUUGAGCCAGAAUAUGGCAAUGUGGACACGGCGAUACUGUGAUAGUAUAGUGACCUAAUCCAUAAUGGUGAUGUGUUGCUGAGCCAGGACUGGAGGAGAAUUUGGUGAUGCAGCCCUUAUCGCUGUUCUGAUCCAGAAGCAACUUAGAACACAGCAAUGCAGUCCAUUACACAGUGACACAGCCCGGAUGCAGAGCUGGCCUAGAACGUGUUUUAAAGGAUUCCCCCUAAUUCCUGUUUCUUUCACCAGGAAGGUUCCAAGAAGACAGUCUACGGCUCACGGCUUUGUGCUUCCAGGAAAGGGGCGGAAAUUAAAAAUGUCAAAAGUUACUACAGAGCUUCUUUUGGAAAGAGCGGUUCCAAGAUCUACUAGGCUACGAAAGAUUGAGACUCUGAACUUAUCCAAGCUGCAGUUAAAGACCGGAGACUUGGACCCACGGUUGUUUUCCCGUCUGAGACAUCUGCAAAAUCUUGAUCUCUCUGAUAAUCUGUUGGACAAACUACCUGCUAAUCUAAGCCUGCCAGACCUGCGUGUCCUAAACUGCAGUAACAACCAACUGGAAGAUGUGACUGUCCUGAAGCAGUUUCCGCUGCUGGAGGAGCUAAACUAUGAAAACAAUGUGUACCUGACAACCAAUGAUGACUAUAAGGUCAUGUUUCUUUUACAAAAUCUUCGGCUACUCAAUGGCAAGGAUGUAACCAAAUUAGCUAAUCAUGUGAGAGUUGUCAACAGCCGAGAGCUGACCAGCAAGGUCACAGCUCACUGGGAGAGGCACUUCCGAAGCCAACUCCCUGAGAAGUAUUCAGCCGAGCAUGUGAUGUUCAUCAGGAAAAAGUUUCUGAAGUCUGCACAAACCCACGUCAUAUAUGGACCCAGCUCCCUCGGUGAAUUUACCCGAUGGAGGGUGAAAAUGAUUGCGGAGGAGUUGCUGGCAUCCAUGCAGGGACAGGAAGAGAACACACAUCCUGAAACACAAGAAAGGAUGGAGGAUGAUGAUGAGACGACGACAGAAAACCCCAGAGAGGUGGGAGACGAUGAUAUUGCGCAGGUCACAUUAAUCCACAGCAAGAGAAGAGGGAAUCACUCAACAGCAGGAUCUGCGAGCAAAAGGCCACGGUCCCAGUGUAACACUGAUGAGGAAGUAGUGCUUAGUCCCAGAAAGUCCAGCCAUUCACAGGAUGACCCAACUCCUGAUAGACCAAGAGCAUCAAACCAACAGGCAAAGGUGGCCGAAGAGACUCACAGGAAUGGAGAACAGCCUCCGAAAGGACAAAGCCACAGAAGAUCUAGCCAGUUGACGGAGGAGCAGAAAAGCCAGGAUCAGGACAAAAGGGUUCUGACCAUAACCCCUGUCAAGAACCUGGAAGACAAGGAGGUUAUCAGUUUGGAGCCAUUGCACUUUCUUCAGUGUCACAGUAAAGGCAACAGCCGGGAGGAUUUUAAAACGCAGCUCUGGUCCUGUGUCUUCGAGCCGCCGUUGGAUUCUGGGACGAGGAAAGACCCUGUAGUGAGCACCUCCAGAACCAUGGCCACCUGUGGAGGGGAAUCUGUUUGUCUUAUCGACUGCGAGACUGGAAUAGUGCUGAAAAAGUAUAAAGUGCCUGCGGAGGAGUUCUUCACCGUUGCAUGGACAACUCUGACCAUGGUAACUAAUGACGGUCGGAAAAAAAAACAUAAUAUCCUGGCCGCAGCCGGAAGAAGAGGAAUUGUAAAGCUGAUUCAUGUAUCGGCUGAUUUCUGCUAUGGAGAGAUAAAGGCUCACAAAAAGCCCAUUGCUACAGCCUGCUUCAGCCCAACCUGUGAGACACACCUCUUUACUGCAUCCUAUGACAAAAGAAUUGGCCUCUGGGAUAUUGGGGUUCCGGAUUGUGACUACAACUUCAAAGCAAGCCAACUAAUGGUGCUGGAAGUUGCCUCUAUUCCAUUACGGAUGGCCCUGGUCCCAUCCUGCCCAGAUCAGUUCCUGCUGGCUGGUUGUGAAGAAGGUUGCUUUGCUUGGGAUAUUAGACUGGACAAGCCACAGAAGAGCAGGCCUUUUGAAGUGGCGUUCCAGUUUCCUAAUGAUGAGGGAGAAGAGACAGCUUCCCACAGAGUGGAUGGACUGGCCUUUUUGAACAAGGAUGUUGUGGUUUCUAAGAGUUCUAAGACAGGGUCUAUAUACUUAUGGAGCUGGAGCCAGUCGUUCGAGGCACAGGGGAAAUCUUGUCAGAGAACACGACCUGCACUUAUUCUAGCAGAACUGGAGUGGUCAACAACAGACCUGCCCUACCUUACUCUCAGCACCUGUCCAGCAGCAGAGUAUGUGUUCUGUGGCGAUGAAAAGGGAAGUGUGUGGAUGUACAAUCUCAGCAAGCACUCUUCAGCCUGGAGGGCCUCCAAGGGAAAAUGCUCAGAGAACAGAAUAGCUCCCACGCAGAUUCUUGAGUGGCCAGAGCUUCGAGCAAAUGGGGAGCUGCUGACUGAAGUCUUAAUAAACAAUGUGGUGACAGACCCUACUUUCACUUACCUUAUUGCUUUAACUGGCGUAAAUAUAGCAGCUGUAUGGAAGAAAACAUAGCUUGUUCAUUAUGGAAAACUUCAUUCCUGUGAUGUUUUGAAAUAGUGCAGUAUUAGUGAUUGUUUCCAAGAGUAACCAUGAAGUUUUCUAAACCAGCCCUUAUCAUGCAAGAGAGAGAACGCAAAGGGACUUGGCCCACAUCCUGUCAUUGACAAUACCCACUUUCUUUUACUGUGAGUUUUCACAAUUUUGUGUAUUUGUUUUAUAGAAAUAUGAUACUUAAUAAAAUGUAAUACCUGUUAA